ACUAACAAACCAAAAGCCCAUUAUUGCACGACAAGACCAUGUUAUGUACCAGUCAGGGAAGCAGGGGUGGACUGACAACUCAUGGGGCCCCUGGGCAAUAGGGGAUCAUGGGGCCCCUGUGUCCUUGCCCAAACUCAAAAAAGCCUAUGAAAAAGGUACCAGGGGCAUCUCAGGGGCCCCCUACUGAUCCCGGGCCCUCGGGCAGUGCCCGAGUUUCCAAAUGGUCAGUCCGCCCCUGAUAGG